AUGGUGUAUAAUCGACAUAAAUCCUACACUGUUGUUAGGAGAAGGGAGUUAGAGUUUGAAGUAGAUGAUUGGGUAUAUAUUAAAGUUUCACCGAUAAAGAGUUUCAUGAGAUUUAGUAAGAAGGGGAAGCUUAGUCCUCGGUAUAUUGGACCUUAUCAAAUAGCCCAGAGGAUUGGCAAAGUGGCUUCUGAAUUUGAGCUACCACAAGAAUUAGUAGCAAUUCAUCCGGUAUUUCACAUCAUUAUGUUGAAGAAUUGCAUGGGGUUGAUCAUACCAACCGAUAUUAGUGGGAUGAAGGAUAGUUUAUCUUAUGAAGAUAUUCCUGUACAGAUUCUAGAUCGCCAAGUUCACAAUUUGAGAUCAAAAGAGGUAGCAUCAGUUAGAGUCCUUGGAGUAACCAAUUUAUUGAGUAAGCUAAUUGGGAAACUGAGGAGGAUAUUAAGAAGAGAUAUCCACAUCUCUUCGAAUCUGGUAAAGUUCUGA